UUUGUAAAUUAAUUAAUUGCAUGAUUUACUACGACAGUAAUUGAUUAGUGGUUAAUUAACUUUUUUCCUUUAUUUCUCAUCAAUAAGCCGAACAUGAAGGUCCGUACAUUAACAAUUUUAUUAGCUGUUACAAUCAUCAAUUGUGCGUACUCCUGGUGGGACUCGGAAUUCAUAAUUGUCCAUCCUACAACAAUCCUACGUACGGGUAACAACGGUGUUCGUAACUCAUUUCAAAAGCUUAGUCGUGUAAAACGUGAAAUGAGGCAAGACCUAGAGACUUCUAAGUAUGUACUAGGAAGAGUAAAACAACAACUGCAAUCAAUAAGGUUAUCAUACACACGAGAAUUUGCGAAAAUGGAACAACAGUUGAAUGAAUGCAGUAGAAGAGAAAUAGAUUCUUCGACCGCAACCAAGAAGCCACCUGCUUACGAAUACCCUGAUCAAGACACUCGUGAUUAUGAUUAUGAUUAUUAGUCG